AUGUGGACGACAUGGCUUGCAAUAAUCGCUUUAAGUAUAACGAUAUCUCAAUGCCACAAUGGACAAGAUCAGAACAUCGUUAAAACUAUUACAGACCAAGAAAUCAAUACGAACCGGGUAAAGAGAUUCAUAACUGGGUAUUUUGCACCUCAAAACAAGGCAAAUUUACCGAGGCAGAGUAACUUUGGCAAUUUUAGCGGAUAUAGCCAGAAUACAACGCAACAUUAUGUGAAUCCGGUACAAAAUUACAAUUACAGCAAACCUGGAUAUUACCCUUAUAACGCAAAUCCUAGCACCGUCAAACCUGUUUACCCUAACCCGCCCGGAUAUAAUCAAUACCCGGGUAAUUACUCCGGGUAUCCUUCGCCGAAUUUACAGCCAAGUAACAUACCAAACCCUAGUGCAUCUUGGACAAGACCAGCUCAGAACAACAGCACCAACUACCCGGGUUUUAACAACAAGCCUGUAAACCCUAUAUACCCCGGGUAUUUUCAAUACCCAGCUAACUACUCCAGGUAUCCAGCACCGCAGCCACAGCAAAGUAACAUUAAGCCUCUAUACCCAACACCACCCGGAUAUUCCCAGUAUACGAGUAAUUAUUCCGGUUACCCGGCUCCACAGUCAAACAACAAGCCUUUAAAUCCUACACAAUACCCAGGGAACUAUUCAGGAUACCCCGCAUCGUAUCCACAGCAAAGUAAUGUUAAUUCUCUUUACCCUACGCUACCCGGGUAUUCUCAAAAUCCGGGUAACUAUUCCGGCUACCCGGCACAGCAAAACAGGCCAACUCCCAAUGCACCUUGGACGAGACCUGCUCAGAAUAACACUGGCUACCCGGUUUUCAACACAACGAAACCGGGAUAUAAUAAUACUGUAAAAUAUGACAAGUGUAGAAAAGAAGCGACUGGUAUGGAUGCUUGUGUGAUUACUGCUGGCUAUGGUUGUCCAGAAGGAAUGAUAAGAAUUGGAGACACAUGUCUGCAAGACUCAGAUGAAUAA